CAGUCCGGAGCCCGCACCUUGUCCCGCACCGCUAUGGAGGUCGCCUUCCGUGGAGUGCGGAAAGUCCUCUGUGUUGCUGAGAAAAACGACGCAGCCAAGGGCAUCGCCGACCUACUGUCCAACAGUCGGAUGAGGCGGAGAGAAGGACUUUCCAAAUUCAACAAGAUCUAUGAAUUUGAUUAUCAUCUGUAUGGCCAGAAUGUUACCAUGGUAAUGACUUCUGUUUCUGGACAUUUGCUGACUCAUGAUUUCCACAUACCGUUUCGCAAAUGGCAAAGCUGUAACCCUCUUGUCCUCUUUGAAGCAGAAAUUGAAAAGUAUUGCCCAGAGAAUUUUUUAGACAUCAAGAAAACCCUGGAACGAGAAGUGCAGCAGUGUCAGGCUCUGGUAAUUUGGACUGAUUGUGAUAGAGAAGGGGAAAAUAUUGGAUUUGAGAUUAUCCACGUAUGCAAGGCCGUGAAGCCUAGUCUGCCCGUGCUGAGAGCCCGUUUCUCUGAGAUCACCCCACAAGCCAUCAGGGCGGCCUGUGAGAACCUGACAGAGCCCAACCAGAGAGUGAGCGAUGCUGUAGACGUCAGGCAGGAGCUGGAUCUGCGGAUUGGCGCUGCCUUCACUAGGUUCCAGACUUUGAGACUACAGAAGAUUUUCCCUGAGGUGCUCGCAGAACAGCUUAUCAGCUAUGGCAGCUGCCAGUUCCCAACACUAGGCUUCGUGGUAGAGAGAUUCAAAGCCAUUCAGGCCUUUGUGCCAGAAACCUUCCACAGAAUUAAAGUAACUCAUGUGCACAAGGAUGGCCUUGUAGAAUUCAACUGGAAAAGGCAUCGUCUAUUUAACCAUACAGCUUGUCUUGUCCUAUAUCAGCUGUGUAUGGAGGAUCCUUUGGCAACUGUGGUGGAGGUCCACAGUAAACCUAAGAGCAAGUGGAGGCCUCAGGCUUUGGACACUGUGGACCUCGAGAAGCUGGCUUCACGCAAGUUGAAGAUAAAUGCAAAAGAGACUAUGAGGAUUGCCGAAAAGCUCUACACUCAGGGGUAUAUCAGCUACCCCCGAACCGAAACAAACAUCUUCCCCAAAGAUCUGAACCUGGUCACACUAGUUGAGCAGCAGAUCCCGGAUCCACACUGGGGCCCCUUUGCCCAGAGCAUCCUGGAGCGAGGCGGCCCUAACCCCCGCAAUGGAAAUAAGUCUGACCAAGCCCAUCCUCCCAUUCACCCGACAAAAUACACCAACAACUUGCAGGGAGAUGAGCAUCGACUAUAUGAGCUCAUUGUUCGCCAUUUCCUUGCUUGCUGCUCAGAGGAUGCCCAGGGACAAGAGACCAUUGUGGAAAUUGACAUCGCUCAGGAGCACUUUGUAGCUCAUGGCCUCAUGGUUCUGGCCCGGAAUUAUCUGGAUGUAUAUCCAUAUGACUACUGGAGCAACAAGACCAUCCCUUUGUAUGAGAGAGGUGCGCACUUCCAGCCCAGCACUGUGGAGUUGGUGGAUGGGGAGACAAACCCACCCCAGUUGCUCACUGAAGCUGACCUCAUUGCUCUAAUGGAAAAGCAUGGCAUUGGUACUGACGCCACCCAUGCGGAGCACAUCGAGACGAUCAAAGCGCGGAUGUACGUGGGACUCACAACUGACAAGCGCUUUCUUCCUGGGCAUCUGGGAAUGGGGCUUGUGGAAGGCUACGAUUCCAUGGGCUACGACAUGUCUAAGCCACACCUUCGAGCUGAGUUGGAAGCUGAUCUGAAGCUCAUCUGUGAGGGCAGAAAGGACAGAUUUGUGGUUCUGAGGCAGCAAGUUCAGAAAUACAAGCAAGUUUUCAUUGAGGCUGUGGCAAAAGCUAAAAAGUUAGAUGAAGCCUUGUCCCAGUAUUUUGGGGAAGGAGCCAGCUUAUCUCAGCAAGAAGUGAUCUAUCCUGCCAUACCAGAGCCCAUCAGAAAAUGUCCUCAAUGCAACAAGGACAUGGUCCUCAAGGCCAGAAAGAAUGGCAGGUUCUUUCUCAGCUGUGUAGGUUUCCCAGAGUGUCGGUCAGCCAUGUGGUUUCCUGACUUUGUCCUGGAAGCCAGUCGAGAUGAGAGUGUGUGUCCAGUCUGCCAGCCACAGCCUGUUUACAGGUUGAAGUUGAAGUUCAAGCACGGCAGCGUUCCCCCAACUAUGCCACUGGAGCUUGUUGGCUGCAUUGGUGGGUGUGAUGACACCUUGAUUGAGGUAUUGAACCUGAGAUUUUCUCGAGGGCUCCCUCAAACUCUCCAACCAGCCAGUCAGCCCUCAGGCCUGCAAUCCAGCCACCUCCUGAGCAGAGUGGACAGUAACCAGCACAGCCAUCUCCAGACUCCUGGCCACAGACAGUGUGAACCUCGAAGGGCACUGGCCCAGACCCUCCCACCAUGCACUGACAUAGUUGGAAGCAACUGUGUGACUUGUAACUGUGGCAAGGAGGCCCUGCUGCUCACCGUGCGGAAGGAGGGCCCUAACCAGGGCCGCCAGUUCUACAAGUGCAGCAGUGGCAGCUGCAGUUUCUUCCUGUGGGCUGACAGCUUCCCACUGAGCACAGCAGGGCCACCUCCCUCUACAGUGAGACCCCCUGGAAGCUCCCUGGGGGGCUUCCUCAGCAGGCGUAGCAAGCUUGUGCUCGGCAAUGGUGACACCACCUGCUUGUGCCGUCAGCCAGCUGUCACACGCACUGUGCAGAAGGAUGGGCCCAACAAGGGCCGCCAGUUCCACACCUGCUCCAAGUCCAGGGAACAACAAUGUGGCUUUUUCCAGUGGGCAGAUGAGAACACAGCUACAGGGACCUUUGGUGCCUCACUCUGGCCACGAGGCAGCGAGGAAGGCCAGGGACCAGAAGCCAAAAGCAAAAGGCCCCAGAGCAGUUCCUCUGAUACUGGGUCUACUGCAAAGAAACCUCGGAAAUGUAGUCUUUGCCACCAGCCUGGACACACUCGUCCCUUCUGUCCUCAGAACAGAUGA